GCUGGUGCUCGGACUUCUUCUCUUUCCCUUCAUUCUCUUCCACAGAAAGCAAUAUGUUAGCAGGGUUGUGUUUCAGAGCUUUGGUGGCUCUUUCUCUCUUGUGUGUAUAUGUGUAUGGUAAUAUACUCGUUGGAGGAUUUCAGAGGGAUGAUCCCAGUGACCCAGAAGUUGUAAAGGCAGCCACCCUGGCAGUCAAUGGGUUCAAUCAACAAUCCAAUGAGGAAUAUGAAUACAAGCUAAUGAAGAUUGUAUCUGCUGAAUCUCAGGUGGUUGCUGGUAUACGCUAUGUUUUGAAUGUAGAAAUGGGCAGGACCGAUUGCAAGAGAGUCUCAGCAAGCGAGAAGGGACCCUGUGACUUCAUUCAAGACUCAAAACUUGCCAAGACCUUAUUGUGCACGUUUACAAUACUGGAUGUGCCAUGGGAGAAUGAGGAAAGUCUUCUGUCAUCAUCCUGCAAGGCACAAGAGUAGACACCUGUAUACCUGUAUACACUCUAUUGUCCUUUAUUGUCUAUAAAAUAACAAUCAAAAUGGAAAAUAAAC